AUGACUCCCAGCUCUAUGAUCAUGGAUGACACCUCCUGGGAUGACCCUGUCGUUCCCAUCAACAUCACCAUCGAUUCCUCGAUCGAUGUCUUCGGCAACAAUAACACCGUGAUUCUGCCGUCAGCUAGUUCUCCGAAAGGCAUUACACCCUCAAGCACCGACUCAGACGACUCGAUGUCGUCCGCAACCGCCACAUCCGCUCAGCGAGGGCGCGCUGCCAAAAUUGGCCACCCGGCCGCCGUCAUCAUCGCUGCCCUGAAGCAGGCCGGCGGACUGACCGAUGACCUGGGGCGCACUCGGCCAAUCCAAAUCGGCAUCAAUUCUGGCAUCAAAAUCGACGGCAAGAAUAACACCGUCUGUACUGGGGAGAGGCAGCCCCGUCGCAUUUUUGCCUACUCGUCCCCGGUCGUAAUUGGUGAGAAACGGUGUGCAGAGUCGGAACCUCCGGCCCCAGGACCGCCGGCCAAGCAUCGCCGUUGA